GGCUCUGUUUCCCUUAACUGUAGGCGGCUCAACCGGCUUACGAUUCUCAGUGAUAGAGGUAAUCCAAGCAGUCCUCUUGCAGCUUAUUAUCACCAGCAUAGAUGUUAUUCUCAUGCUGCGUGGUACACACCCCCUAGUGUGGCGGCAUUAGAGAUUGAUUAUGUUGCCUCCAGUGUACAUCCCAUGUAGCAAGGAUCGUACAUUACUCGCCGUACUAUCCGUUCUGUUCGUCGCCGAGCUGUCGGGGCUUUCGUGCAUCUACGCCACUGUCAUAUUCAACUUCAGCCUCGACGACAAGUAUUUUAUGACUUCCGCCUCUCUAUUCUUUAUAGCGUAUUGGUAAGCUCAGC